CAUUCACUCCAACAAAAGCAUUAAAAUCCUCUCUCUCUCUCUCUCUCUCUCUCUCUCUCUCUCUCCUAAACAUCCCAUCAACCAUCCUUCUUUUUCUACCCCUAUGCAUCAUAUAUUUCCCGGAUAAACAAUCGUCUGGGAUAAAACUUUUAUCAGAUACCCUUUCCUUAAAACUCUGCAAUUUAAUCGAAGUUGUUACCUUUUGGUUGUGAUAACUGACGGAUUUCCCACAUGGGUUUUGAUCAAUCCCGGGUUUCUAUGGCAUGUAUAAUCUUUGUUCUCGAUCUGUAACAAUCAUAAUGUGCUAUUGCUGAAAUUCUCUGACCAGUUCAUAUAAUUUAAGCAUUUUGGAUCUUUUCCUCAUUUGCCUAGUUUGGGCACUGCACAUUUAAGCGGUGCCCAUGGACGCAUCAACGAGCGGAACCCCAACUAUUCAAUAUCAUAACAUCCCUGAACAACCAAUUGCUACUAUAGUCGCUACAUUUCAACGACUGCAACGGCAUUGCUUUGGGGACUCGAGUCCUGGGGAGUUCCCAUUAUCUGCCAACCCCUCCAUUGUCCUUCAUGUCCUUACCGCGUGUAAUUUGGACCCACAUGAUCUCGCAAGACUAGAGGCAACUUGUUCCUUUUUUAGGCAGCCUGCCCACUUUGCCCCUGACCAUGGGUUGUCGUUAUCAGAGCUUGCUGCUCUUGAUAUGUGUCAGAAAAGGGCUAUUUUUAAGCCAAUGACAGAAGUAGAACGGAUAGAUUUGAAAGAAAGGUGUGGGGGCUCUUGGAAACUGGUCCUGAGAUUCUUACUGGCUGGAGAAGCUUGCUCAAGGAGAGAGAAAUCGCAAGCAAUUGCAGGGCCAGGUCAUAGUAUUGCUGUAACUUCGAAUGGAGCUGUUUUCUCAUUUGGGUCUAACAGCUCUGGACAGCUCGGACAUGGCACUACGGAAGAGGAGUGGCGGCCUCGUCAAAUCAGAUCUCUUCAAGGAAUUCGAAUUAUUCAAGCAGCUGCUGGGGCUGGCCGGACAAUGCUGAUUAGUGAUGCUGGGCGGGUUUAUGCUUUGGGAAAAGACUCGUUUGGGGAAGCCGAGUAUGGGGCUCAAGGAAGUAAACUAGUUACCUCCCCCCAACUGGUAGAGUCUCUCAAGGAUAUAUUUGUGGUGCAAGCUGCGAUUGGAAAUUUCUUCACUGCUGUCUUGUCAAGAGAAGGAAGGGUCUAUACAUUUUCUUGGGGCAAUGAUAGUAGACUCGGUCACCAAACGGAGCCUAAUGAUCUUGAACCGCAUCCUUUAAUGGGGGCAUUAGCAGAUGUACAGGUGGUUCAGAUUGCAGCUGGCUAUUGUUACCUUCUUGCUUUGGCUUGUCAUCCUAGUGGCAUGUCAGUUUACUCUGUGGGAUGUGGGUUGGGCGGGAAGCUUGGACAUGGCGUAAGAACCGAUGAGAAAUACCCAAGAUUGAUUGAGCAGUUUCAGACUUUGAAUCUUCAGCCUGUAGUUGUUGCAGCCGGUGCUUGGCAUGCUGCUGUGGUGGGGAAAGACGGAAGGGUAUGCACCUGGGGUUGGGGUCGUUAUGGAUGCUUGGGACAUGGGAACGAAGACUGUGAAUCGGUUCCCAAGGUGGUGGAGGCAUUGAGCGAGAUCAAAGCUGUUCAUGUUGCUACUGGGGAUUACACCACCUUUGUGGUGUCGGAAAAAGGUGACGUAUAUUCAUUUGGAUGUGGAGAAUCAUCCAGCCUUGGACAUAACACUGGUGGCACUGAUGGCCAGGGAAAUAGGCACACAAAUGUGCUUAGCCCAGAAAUAGUAACAUCGCUAAAGCAGGUGAAGGAGCGUGUGGUACAGAUUAGCCUCACAAACUCCAUAUACUGGAAUGCCCACACUUUUGCGCUCACUGAGUCUGGUAAGCUAUACGCAUUUGGUGCCGGUGACAAAGGUCAGCUGGGCGUAGAACUUGCCGCAAACCAGACCGAAAGGGGAAACCCCGAGCGGGUCGAUGUUGAUCUCAAUUAGCCCAUCAAUUAUCAUCAUCAUCAGAAUCAUUUUAGUCAGCAUGCUUUUGCAUUUGGUGUUCAUAUUUCAAUGUUUAUUCUGUAAAUAGGAAAACAGAAGGUUGUGAAGAUUCUAGGUAGGAGAGGCCCUGAGCAAAUGAUGCAAUAUUAUUUAACUUACCCAAAAAAAAAAUGUUAGCUCUUGGGCCUCAAGAAGUAAAUAGGUCUGAUGCAUUUGUCAAGUGUUCAUUUAAUUUAACUUAAAAUGUAUUGACCGGAUUCGUCAAAAAUGCAAGUGUGCUUCAAGGAAAAA